AAACUUUUUUCUUCAUUGGCAAUGACCACAGUACUGUUUAUUAAGGUAGGAAAUAAUGCUUCCUGAUCAACAAUCAAUAUACAUCAUCAAUGCUUUGAUUUAACUUAUUAUGUACAUCUGUGAAAUUCAUUUGUUUUAUAGAAUUAUAGAACACACGCACAUAUAUAUAUAUAGCUGUUCUGAAUUUAAAUCUUUUGAUAUUAAUAUGCUAAUGCUGAUUUUACCUGUUAAUUUUGUUUAAAGGAAUGGUCUUUAUUUUUGUUUGCAAAUGAUGUGUAUUAAUUUUAAAAUUCAUCUCAGUUAAAAAAAUAUAUGGUAAUGGUAUAGGUACAGUAUAUAUAGCGUAUAAAAAUGUAUGGUAAUAUUCUAAAUUGUAUGUUAAAUCAAAAAUCUUUUAUUGAUUAUUGCUACAUUUAGAUAUAUAUUUAGCAAAAUUCAGCACUUAUUAUUGUUGAUUAAUUGUUUAUUUUUGAUGCUUCAGUGGGAUUUGACUGUAAUGCUGAUACUGCCAUAUAUCGAUGGUUUCAGGCAUGUUGCAAAAAUUGCUAUUGAGGCUGGGGUUGAAAUACAUCUUGUGAAAGCUUUCAUCCAAAAUAUGGUGUAUUAUGGAGUGGUCACAUUGAUUCCCAUAUUUAUGUAUUCUAACAUAUAUACUCCUACACCUAAAUUAAAUGAAUUAGCUGAAAGCUGCAGACUUCAGGAUGAAUGCAUGAAUUAUGUUGCUAGACAAGGUUGCCAUAGGCCUUCCUUUAGGUCAAUUUUUACUUUAUACUGCCAGUUAACACCUGAAACUAGUGUGAAGACCCUUUGUCUGCGUAAUAAUCCAAGAGCAAGCGGUAUUGAUGAAAGGAAACUUAUACAGUUUGGACUUAUGAAAGGCAUUAUUAGGCAACUUCAAAAAUAUCCAAUACAACUUACAUCAGAUAAUGUUACAAAACAUCGAUCUUUAGCCAAAUAUUUCACUGGUAAUCAUAGCUUUGAAGAAAUAUGUUGUAAAACAGGUAUAAGUUAUCAAGAACUAGAUGAACGUGUGGAAAAAGAUCCAUCUGUAUUUGUAUGUUGGAAAUAAUAUAAUUUUUAAAUAAAUUAUUACUGCUUUUAAUGUUAA